AUGGAGUGUGUUGAGAUUUCCAUGCAAUACGUGCGUGAUGUUUUUGAUGACCUUUUUAAUACCAUUCAAAACAAUUUUGAGUCUGAAGAACGACAAACCAAAGGCAAAGAACUCGCCGAUCGAGUGAGACAUUUCUAUGUUUCGCUAUUUCAGCAAAGCCAAG